GAAUAUUCAAUUCAGACAUUAGGCAACCUUCCACAGGACCUGCAAGUUCUUCAGAAACUUUUGGCAAAUCUGGUUCUACCCAUGUAUAUGUCAUCCAUAGUCAAGGCGCAGUUAAUUAGCAGGUUCUUUGAAUCAAGCAGUUUGCCCUGCGUUGGAUUCGAACCUCAACCAUUACAAUUGUAG